ACGUCUCCAGCCCCCCAGUCCACCGUUUUGUCUCUCUCUUCUCGCUCGAUGUUCAGGAACGACUAGUGAGGAGGAACUCUCACUAGUUCUGCGAGUCCGCACCAAGUUUGUGACCUGGAAUAAACGAGACACUUCUAAAAAGCGCAGCGUCGAGAGGAGCCUUAAACCGUCUUGAGGAAGGGGAAGAGCAGAUUUAAAGACGUAUAUUCCCCAAAGACAGCGCCAUGAGUCGCAGCAUUGUGCGCCAGAGUAAAUUCCGGCAUGUUUUUGGGCAAGCGGCGAAAGCGGAUCAAAGUUAUGAUGAUAUCCGGGUUUCCAAAGUGACAUGGGACAGUUCCUUCUGUGCAGUUAACCCAAAGUUUCUGGCAGUUAUAGUGGAGUCCAGUGGAGGCGGGGCCUUUCUGGUUCUGCCGCUCUCAAAGGUGGGUCGAGUGGACAAAAACUACCCUCUAGUGAUUGGACACUCGGGACCUGUUCUGGACAUUGACUGGUGUCCUCACAAUGACAAUAUCCUGGCCAGCUGCUCUGAAGACACCACUUCCAUGGUAUGGCAGAUCCCUGACCACACUCCCUCUCGUCCCAUCAGCGAGCCCAUUGUGGUGCUGGAGGGUCACUCUAAACGCGUGGGCAUCAUUAAAUGGCACCCCACUGCCCGCAACAUACUCCUCACUGCAGGCAGUGAUAAUCUGAUCAUCAUCUGGAAUGUGGGCACUGGAGAACCCUUGAUCACAAUGGAUGACCAUCCUGAUCUCAUCUAUAACGUCAGCUGGAACUACAACGGUAGCUUGUUCUGCACCACCUGCAAAGACCGUCGCCUUCGAGUGUGUGAUCCCCGGAAAAACGAGGUGGUGGCGGAAAGAAUGUCCCCACAUGAGGGUAUCCGGCCAAUGAGAGCCAUUUUUACCAAAGAGGGCAACAUUUUCACCACAGGUUUCACCAGGAUGAGCCAGAGAGAGCUUGGCCUGUGGGAUCCGACUAAUUUUGAAGAACCCAUAGCACUACUGGAGUUGGACACAAGUAAUGGAGUUCUAUUGCCUUUUUAUGAUCCAGACACUAACAUUGUGUAUCUCAGUGGCAAGGGUGACAGCAGUAUUCGGUAUUUUGAGAUCACAGAGGAGCCUCCCUAUGUGCAUUACAUCAGCACAUUUAGUAGCAAGGAGCCACAGAGAGGAAUGGGCUUCAUGCCCAAGAGAGGAGUGGACGUCAGCAAGUGUGAGAUUGCCAGAUUAUAUAAACUCCAUGAAAGAAAGUGUGAGCCUAUUAUGAUGACAGUACCCAGAAAGUCGGACCUGUUCCAGGAUGAUCUGUACCCAGACACAGCAGGCCCAGAGCCGGCUCUGGAACCUGAGGAAUGGAUGGACGGACGAGACGCAGACCCCAUAUUAGUGUCUAUGAGGGAUGGCUAUGUUCCUCCAAAGAGUAGAGAGCUAAAGGUGGCCAAGAAGAAUGUUCUAGACACCAGACCUGCAACACGUAGAAGCAUGUCUGCUGUAGAUGGAAGUAGUUUGCCCCCUCAGUUGUUGGAGAAACUUGUUGAGGAGAUCCAAAAUCUGAAGGCCACAGUUCUUUCUCAGGAGAAACGAAUCUGUGACUUAGAGAAUAAGCUCUCUAAGUACACUAAUGGCACAGUCUGAAUAAAGCUAACUCAUCCUGUGCACACUGCCCAAUUCACUGCUAACCCCUUACAACUAAAGUAUGAGCACAGAUAGGCCAACACCGCCACUUGACUUCACAGGCUUUUUCUAAAUGUGAAUAAAUCACCUAUACAGUAGUUACAUUUCGGAUCAUUAGGAGAUUUAAUUUGGCAAAGGCACUUUUAUUGCUCGUCCUGAUGCUUUGUAGAAAAAUUGUUAAUAUUGUGUAGUAGUACACAAUAUUAGCUAUAUUCCUUAAAUGCUUAAGGAAUCAUAUCAGGAAGAAUUUAUGUCAGCUAUGCAAAAGGUAGGCAAAACCACCUUCAUUUUAGGAUUUACAAAUCCUUUAAUGUACUUACUGCUUUUUACCCUUCAAUGCUGACAAAGAAUGACAGAAGAAAUGUAGCUGCAGCUUUCUGUAGUGGUUAACAGUCACAGUGUCUUUGGUAGUCUCUGUGUGAACAUACCUCAUUGUAAAGACCAGGACUUGGGAUCAGAUGGUAGCAUAUGUAGCUCUUAUUUGGUCAGCUCUGGACAAGCAACAUCUAUGGCAUGACUAUGAUAUGUCAGGACAGUAGCAAGCUCAGUAAUGCUGCCAGUACACUACACGAUUUUGAAAUAAUCGGAGUGCUGUUCUUUUCACACUACGCUAAAUUUUGCUGUGCUUUGCACAUAAGUCGGUGACUGUGGGUCACACAUUAAACAAUUUCACUAGGAAGAAUCCCCAUUUCUCGUUUACAAAACGCAUUUGCGAAAAGUGAUACAGGAUCUGACAUAUCACGCAUGAAUGGAAUUCUGGAGUGGAACUGGAAUUCCUUCAAAUCAAACUGGUGAUCCACAAGAAGCUUGCAAUCUACAAAAACAAAAAACAAACCAAAAAAAGAGACGAUUAUGGAGAAGAGAUUGGUUGAGAAGAUGACUUCUCAAUAUUUCCCUUGCGCUAUAUGUUGUUCUCCUCUCAUUAGGUGUAGGUCGUUGCUAAUGUCAUUUCCCGUCAAAACAUUUUGCACUGCAAGAUUUCACAUUUGCAGACAGGCCCAGAUAUUUAGCCUGCUAAUAACUUCUCGGGCAUCAGUGCUUUUCUCAGAUUGUCUCUUUCUCCACUAUAUGACCUCACACUAUACAAUAGACACUCAAGUAAACAAGCAUCGAUUUGCCUUAGAUUUUAGGCUGACCUCCAGAAAAAUCUUCUUGUUGGUGAUCUCCAGAAAAAUAGGGCCUAAAAUCGUGUAGUGUAUUCCCAGCUUGAGAGUUCUGUACAUCACUUAUUGCCAUUUUAUUGUAGUGGAAUAGUUCACCCAAAAAUGAUGUACUCUUGUUAUACUGACCCUAAUAUUGUUCCAAACUAUUAAGUUUAUUUUUUGGUCAAAUUUAAAAGUUGUUGCUAAAUGUCCAAGCUGCUCUUUUCCAUACAAUGAAUGUGAGUGAUUACUCGGGCUGUGAAGCUCCAAAAAUGACAAAAAAGCACUAAAAAGUAACAAAAGUGGUCCGUGUGACUCAUGCACUAUAUUCCAAAUGUUCUGAAGACUUACGAUAACUUUUUGUGGGGAACAAACAUGGCAUCACGAGAUGCAUCAUGCCAUCAGCGACAUGAAGAUUAUUGGUUCUUGCGCAACAGAUUUCACAUAUUUAAACAUUUUUAAAUCAAAACAAGCACAUAUUCUAUUUGAGAUCUACAGCAAAAGGAAUUAAAAAUAACUACUUUUGGUCUAUUCUUCAUAGAAAUAGUGCCAUGAAAAACCACCAUGUAUAGACCACAUAGCUUCAGAAGACUUGGCAUGUAGUGUAUGCGUGUGUUGGUUUGUGUAUUAGUAUUAUACUUUCGUUUCACUUUAUUUUAAGGUUGUUACAGUGUAAUUAUACAAUUAAGUACUGAGUAAUAUUAAUUAACUACAUGUACUUAGAAUAUGGUUAGGGUUAAGAUUAGGGUCUCUUGCAUGUAAUUAUGCAUAAUUUAUUGUUAUAAGUUAUUAUAAUAGAAAGUACAUGUAAAGUAACUAGGACACCUUAAAAUAAAGUGUUACCUAUACUUUUGUUUUUCUCACCUUUUUGAAACUUGAACAUUGACAACAUCAACACACACUUUCAUUGCAUGAAAAAACAGCCUGAACAUUCUAGAUAAGAUUAAAACGUAUGUAGAUAUGAAUGAGAACAGAAUUUUCAUCUUUGGGUGAACAAUUCCUUAAGGCAAGAUGCAGGAGGCUCCUGGGAAAAUCUUUAUAUAAAGAUAUCAAAAUGUAAAUCUAAAGAAGCAAAGGAUGUUUGCAUAGACAACAUAUCUCCAUUUGUCUCUCUUUGUAAGAGUGCUUGCAUUAUUGACUCGUAAAUUGCUACUAACAUCUCACUUUACACACCUCUGCAUUUCCAGCUUUGACCAACACGAUUAAAACUCAUGUGGCUUCUGUUUAACAUUUAAAAAUGUAAAUAUUAUUCUAAAAAAAAAAAAAAACAUGAAAAACAGCAAAAUAUCAAAACCAAAGACAUUGUUUUGUGUUUAUGCAGAGGAUAAUUUGUCAGUAUUAUGGUUUGAAUAAAACUCUUUUAUACAAAAAAAAAAAAGUUGCCAUUGUUGCCUGCACAGUCACUUGCUCAUAAAAAUGCAUGGACACACACAACACAUCCACCAUGGUUAAUUACUCUCUCUGCAGCUUGAUAAUUUAUUUCUAGAGACAUACCAGACAGCAUCUCUGUUCAGUUUUUAGUUAUGGGACCAUACAGCUAGCACAUUUUUAUUAUAUAAACAACCCAGGAACAAAGGGUACUGAUUUGGGUGCAAUAUCCUCAAGGUCUCUAACCUAUUCAGAUGGCGACCUGUUAAUGGUCACUUUUCAAUGCGUUCCACCUCUGUAGUACUUGAAGUGUAUUCUAAAGGCAGUAAAGUAAAGAAGUGCUUGAAUCUUAGACUUUCAACUGGCAAAACCUCCAUUAGACUGCUAUUGGACUGCUUCCUACAGUUAACAACAGUCUGUGGAUUAAAGUAUUGUUAAUGAUUUCUGAAAGAGAGGGAGCAACAAUGUUUG